UCUCCAUACUCCAUAUACCGAUAACCCUCUUACCCAACAACUUUGCUGUUUAUUUGAAAUGCAAAACCUGAGAGUUAAGCAAAUAGAACAAAGUCCCAGCAAACCAGCAAGAGAUAAAGUGACGGAUACACUUUGUGAUGAAAAGAAUCUUUGCUGAGUCCCAGUGGAAGAGGUCAAAGUGCUAUGCAACCAGAGAUAAGGACUGAGCCAGUGAUCAUGAAGGCAAAAGCUUGCAUAAGAAAGGAGUACGGUGCCAUCUUCCUCUCUCUGGCUGUGUGCGUCUUCAUCUUUGUGCUACGUCACAUGAGCGAUCUGGAGUUUCAGCCUAAAGUCAAGUCCACCAUCAUCAUGCCAAGAGUCUCCUCUCAUCAUAUCGUUAAUCGCAGCUUCUGCACCUUCCAGCCGCUGUCCCCCCAGGACGCUUUGGAGGAACGUCUCAUACUAGACUCCAUUGCUUGGCCUGAAACUCCACUUUUACCAUCUCCUAUUUCCUUGGAGCAGACCACUGAUCCAGCCCACAGCACCUUCACCAUUCUCCCAGGGAGGAAAGGGGGGCAGUGGCAUGUAGGGGACCAGCUGGAGGUUAUGAUACAAACUUUUGACUUCCAGGGUCGUCCCAAGAAGUCUGGGGGGGACUUCAUAACUGCCCGCCUGCACAACCGGAAGCUUGAAGCAGGUGUUGCUGGGCAAGUUGUGGACCAUCUGAAUGGGAGCUACUCUGCUGUGUUCUCUUUACUCUGGGAAGGAGACGCACAGGUUGAGGUGACUCUGGUUCACCCUGGUGAGGCCUUGUCAGUGCUGAAUAGGCUUAACAGAGAACAGCCUGACAGGAUUUACUUCAAGAGCGUCUUCCGCUCAGGCUCAGUCUCUGAAACCACCAUCUGUAACGUCUGCCUUCGGCCAACAAAACAGCCGCUGUGUAACUACACUGACCUCCGUACAGGCGAGCCUUGGUUCUGCUACAAACCAAAGAAAUUAAGCUGUGAUACCAGGAUCAACCACGUCAUGGGAGGAACGAAACCAAACAUCAAGGCCAAUGAGGAGAAGCUCUUUCAAAGUGGUGUUAACUUGAAAGUCUCCAUUCGGGCUUCAGGACCUGCUUGUUUUGUGUUGCCACAAAAAGGUCAACCAAAGGUGAAGAGCAGCACUGUGACAUCUGGACCCUCUGGUUAUUACUAUAAGGGCGUUUGGCAAGCAGUAGGUGGCCUCACAAUUCAUAAAUUCAAUGCGUCUGCCAUCACGCACUGUCUGAAAGGCAAGGCAGUGCACAUGUAUGGAGAUUCCACCGUCAGGCAGUGGUUUGAGUUCCUCAACGCAGCUCUACCAGGUCUUAAGGAGUUUGACCUACACAGCCCGAAACAAGCAGGACCUUACAUCUCCUUGGACUUUGCAAACAACAUCUUGGUGACAUCCCGCUUCCACGGCCCCCCAAUUCGGAUUGUAGUUGUCUCGACCAGCGAGCUUCGUUACAUUGCCAAUGAGAUAGAUGGCUUGAUUGGAGGCCCCAACACUGUGGUAGUCUUUGGGAUCUGGGCUCACUUUGGCACUUUCCCCAUGGAGAUCUACAUCAGGAGGCUACAGAGCAUCCGUAGGGCGGUGGUGCGGCUGCUGGACAGGGCUCCAGGCACGCUGGUCGUCAUCCGGACAGGGAACCCCAAAGACUUAAACCUUUUUGUGUCCUUAACCAACAGUGACUGGCACUCGCUGCAGUGCAAUAAAGUGCUCAGAGCAAUGUUCAAAGGACUGAAUGUUCAUCUGAUCGAUGCCUGGGAAAUGACCUUGGCCCACCACCGGCCGCAUAACCUCCACCCACCACCUCCUAUCAUUAAGAAUAUGAUAAACCAUCUAUUGUCGUAUAUAUGUCCUCAAAAGGGCGGUUAGAUUUUAUUCAAUUCCAUUUUUUUUUACAACCCAAAAUCCCAAAUCCCGAGGUGAUGUGUUGUUAGUUGGGGGAGAGGAGUGGGAAUGUUAUCUUCAUGUUCUAAUCAAGUCCUACAUUUGUCUUGUUCAGAAAGUCCAUAGAAUAGUCUUUUUGUAAUCUUCAACAUCAAGCAAAGUUGAGUGAAUGCUAAAGAAACAGGAAUUGAUUUAAAGCAGCUCCACUCCUGCUUCGGUGAUUAAAAACUAAGAAAUGAUCACAUUUAACAACUUAAUGCAUCUUGUCUUGGGAAUAUCUUGCAGAAUUGCAGGAGUUGAUUGUUGCCAUAUAUAUGGAAUGGUCAACGUCUCACACUCUGUUUCCAUCUGCAGUCCGGCAUUGCGGCUCAUCUUAGUGCUUUCCAUGUGAUGGGGACAUGAUUCUUACUGACAACAGAGAAAUGGAAUUUUUUUCCCUUACAUUACUUAAUAAAUGAACUGUACAAAGGA